UACCUCUCCGUUAGGCCCGGUCUCUGCGACUCCUGGAGAUACUCCGAACGAGGCGUUCUAUUAAUGCAGUCCGCCUUGCUAACAUGCCCAGACCACCGCCGACAGGCCUCACACUGCAUUCUGGGAUAUCUUCAGCCCUUUACCUGCUCUUAGCUAAUUACUUUUUAGCCGUGCACUCGCACAAUAAUUGGUCUUGUGCUGCUGCUGCCUCCCCUCCCUCUGCUGCGCCAAGUGCUAGUUUGAGCACUUUUUUUUCUCCCUUCUCUGUGUCGUCCUUAUUCCCCUGUUUUUUAUCGUCCUCCAAAAGCCAUCCAAUUAAUAUGCUAAUGAGCUGAUAAAUAUUUAUAGGGGUUUAAAUUAUGCAGAAAGCUUUCAGAGCCCGGUGUGAAAUGCGUCGCUCGCAGGACUUCAAAGCCUUGCAUUGCUAACGAGGCAGGGGCAGAUUUGCAUACGGCUUUAAUCAGCUGAAUACUGAUUAUGCUUCAUUAUAGAGUUGGAGGGAGGGGAGCCGAGUUGGAGGAGGCCGCCAGCUGCACUUGUCGUUUGUUUCAUUCCAGCAAGAGAGGGAGAGGUUGAACUUUUUCAGGAGUACAGACAAUCUUGGCGAGAGAGAGAGAGAGAGAGAGAGAGGGAGAGGGAGAGGGAGAUAGAAGGAGGGCGGGAGAAAGGGAGAGCGAGUGCAAAGUAGGCACUGUAAGAGAGAGAGAGGGGCAGAGCUAUAAGAAAAGAAAAGAGUGCAGGGAGAGAGGGAAGGAGAGCUGUUUGCCUGAACCCUGUUGGCUUUCCCAGUGUGCGUAUCCCAGUGUUGUUCAGUGAACCGUGCUGUGGACAGUGCCACUGUGUCUGCGUGUAGCUCUGGUUGUAUUGAACCCUGCUCGCUGCUGACCAGUGGAGAGUGAAGAGAGGGAGGAGAGGGAGGAGCGGGAGGAGGUACAGAGUGCCGGACACCCUGUCGUGGGUUAGCCCGGCAAAGGCAAUUUUUCAUGAUAGGUUGUGCAACCAUGCUGGAACACACAGGUGGAGCAAGAGCGGGUGAGUUUUUGAUGAGGUUGCGAUGGAGCUCAGCUGGGUUUUGUUGCGGUUGUUGGGCGUCCUCGUGUGAAAAAGGUGUCGCUGUGUGGUCUGGCACGUUUUGCAUUGAAAUAUUACUUCUAAGAGUUAAUUGUAUUAAUGUGACAUCAGUUAGUAUAUCCUCCUGUCUUCCAGCCUGUGACUGUAAUCGCAGUGUUGGUGACUCAUUUUUCUCGGUAGUGUUGUUCGCCGCUUUGAAUGGUGAAUGUGACUGAAAUGUUGUUGCAGGAAUAUCAUCCAAUUAUGGGAUAUACUCAGGUGACAAAAAUUCUAAAGUGAAUAAUCAGUCAGAAACUACUAAAUGUGCAAUGGAAAGUGGUGACGGGAACACCGGGAUCCAAAUCAAUGGAUUGGACUUUCAGAGGCACACGGUGCCCACCACAAGUGCAAUCACUAAUGCACAUGCACAAGCCCUCCUCCAACAGUCUAAGUCGGAAGACUCGAGCGCUCUUCCGACCUCCGUCCAGCAGAGCGUAUUGCCUCAAACCCAGCUAAUGUUGGCCGGGGGACAGAUUGCUGGAUUGACCCUGACCCCAGCGCAGCAGCAGAUGUUGAUCCAGCAGGCCCAAGCUCAGCUUCUGGCUGCAGCCGUGCAGCAUUCAGCCAACCAGCAGAACAGCACCACUGGGGCCAGCAUCUCAGCCUCCGCAGCCACACCCAUUACCCAGCUGCCCCUGUCACAGCCCAUCCAGAUCGCCCCUCAGCUACAGCAGCAGAAUUUAAGUUUGCCUCAGUUUGUUCUGGUGCAGCCUGGCCACCCGAUCGCCACACAGCUGCAGCCUCAGUUCAUCAUCUCACAGACACCGCAGGCCCAACAGAGUAUAUUGCAAGCCCAGAGUCUUCUAACUACACUACCUCAAAGCCAAGCUAACCUCCUGCCGACUCAACCAAGCAUCACCCUUGCACCUCAGCCUGCAACACCAACCCGCACAACAGCAGCCACACCUAAUCAGUCCCAUAGUCAGACACCACCCAAACGGUUGGAUACCCCCACUCUGGAGGAGCCUAGUGAUCUGGAGGAACUGGAACAGUUUGCCAAGACCUUCAAACAGAGGCGUAUCAAACUGGGCUUCACACAGGGGGAUGUUGGCCUGGCCAUGGGGAAGCUGUAUGGAAACGACUUCAGUCAAACUACCAUCUCUCGCUUUGAGGCCUUGAACCUGAGCUUUAAGAACAUGUGCAAACUCAAGCCAUUGCUGGAGAAGUGGCUUAAUGAUGCAGUUUGUGCAGAGAACCUGACAUCUGACCAGGCUCUGUCCAGCCCCAGUGCCCUGGGCUCCCCGGGCAUGGGCAUAGAGGGGAUCAACCGCAGACGGAAGAAGAGGACCAGUAUUGAGACCAACAUCCGAGUGGCCUUAGAAAAGAGCUUUCUGGAGCAGAACCAAAAACCUACCUCUGAAGAGAUCACCAUGAUUGCUGACCAGCUCAACAUGGAGAAGGAGGUAAUUCGGGUCUGGUUCUGCAAUCGUCGGCAGAAAGAAAAGAGGAUUAACCCCCCCAGCAGUGGCAGCAGUGGAGGAGGCAACACCCCCAUCAAAACCAUCUUUACCCCCAGUAGUCCUUUGGUGGCCAGCACAGCAAGCCUUGUGAGCAGUCCAACUAUUAACACGCCCACCACUCUGACUGUAAAUGCAGUGAUGCCUCUCACCAGCACCAGCGUCUCCAGUUUGUCUUUCACAGGCACGACGGUUGGCGCCACAAACACAGCGUCCGUCAUAUCCACCGCCCCUAUGGUUACUACAGCAACCAGCUCUCCAUCUUUAAGCCCGUCGCCAACGGUUCAUUCCACAACCACAGAGAACAAGAUUGGCACUCAUGCGCAAACCAUCGUCACCCAGGCCCCGACAUCCAUAGCUACCACUUUGGGGACGGGUCAGGUGAUGGUGGCGGCUCCAGGGUUUUCUGCAGCGCUGCAGAGUGCUGCCCAGUUACCCACCAGUGCCAGCUUUGCUGCUAUGGCUGCUGCUGCUGCAGGGCUCAACCCUGGACUGAUGGCCUCCUCCCAGUUUGCUUCAGGGGGGGCCCUGCUCAGUCUGACUCCUGGUGGCCUGGGCAGUGCGCUGAGUCCUGCCCUCAUGAGUAACAGCACCCUGGCUACCAUCCAAGCUCUGGCAUCGAGCGGCACAAUCCCCAUCACGUCUCUGGAUGGCAGUAACCUGCUGUUCGCCAACACCUCCGGUACCACGCCGCUUUUCCUGAAUCCCCAGACCCUGUCGGUGCUCACCAGCAACCCCGUCAGCCUGGUGUCGGCAGGGGCGGGGGGGCUGCAGGUCACUGCCGAUGCCCAUCAUCAAGCCACCUCGGCUGCUGUGCCUGUGCAAGCCACGACCAUUACCACUGCCUCCAAGGCUCAGUGAAGCCAGUCAGGCUGCGUCCCGAAUUAACGCCCUAUUUCUUAUGUCGUGCACUACUCUUAUCACACCAUGUAGGGAAUAGGGAGGUCGUUUCUAUAUAGGCUCUGCGCUUCACUAACCACCCCACAUUCUUUCCAUUGUAUCUAUCAUUAUUUAAUCCUUUUGCUGCCACCAAAAAGAAAACAGCCUCAAAUGAGGUUGGGGUUGACUUUAUUUUUUUUGUUUAGUUUGUUUCCCGUCUUUGUCUUUAUGAUUCUUGGAUGUUUUUUGGGUUUUUUUUUUUCUCCCACAAACAGUAGCCAGAUGGACACUGUUGUUGGCCUGCGCUCCUUAUGAACCUUGACAUGUGUCCAGGAAGAGAAAUAUCCUCGACAUCAUCAAGUUUUCACAUUUUGUAUAUAAAUAUAUAU